AUGCCACCUCCGCCCGACUUGUCCCACUACAUUCUCCCAGAAUCCGACUCCCGCCGCAUCUUUACCACCCAAAUCCUCCCGGCUGAUCUCCCGCUCUCUUUGACCCCACACCCCACCCGGUCUCGGCCCUUGGCCGUGCUCAUUGUCGGCCAAACCGGUGCCGGCAAGACCCGUACUGCACCCGCCAUCCUCUCUGCUAUGACCCGUAUCAACCCACCCGCACACUUUAUCGCAGAUGUCUACAAAGCCCAUCAUCCGUCCUACGGUACCUUGCUAUCCUCUGAGAACCCCGCGCACGCAUCACCGGCAACGGGCCCUGACGCGCGAAAAUGGCUUGCCAUGGCGUCAGCGGAGGCUAUCUCCCGCAAGCUGGAUGUGCUGCUCGAGAGCGCGUGUCGGCAUCCUAACGACUUUCGUGAGCUGGCGAGUAUGUUUGGGGAGGCAGGUUACUUUGUCGAAGUAGUUGUGAUGGCAGUCCCUGCUGCUCUCAGUAGGCUAGGCAUAUUGCAUCGGUUCUACGAGAGAUUGCCUGAGGCGGGGAGCGGAAACUUGCCUGUUCGGCUUACACCUGUCAAGAUUCAUGACGACUCCUAUCGCGGGCUGAUGAGCGUGGCGGAGUGGAUUGACAAGGUGGACUGUGUCGAUCGGGUACUGGUGGUGAGGCGAGGGAACAUGGUUGCUUUCUCGGAUGAGAAGGCCAAGUUUGGUGGACUGAGUGGCAAGGUCGCCGAGGCUCUAUCACGAGAGAGAGAGAGGCCCUUACCUGCGGACGAAAGAAGAGUUGUGAUGUUAGAUCUGGAGAAAUUGGAGACCCGAGAUGCGAAGCUGGCGGAGGAGGUCAAGAGCCUGCUUGAAGGGCUGCUAAGAGACGAAGCACAUGAAUACUCUGAGUUACGCCCAUUAGAAUUUCCACCCAACGGGCGGAGAGAUGCGACGCUGACGUUGGGUGAAGCAUGA